AUGAAAUCCUCCGAUAAUAUCUGGAGCUCCGGUCUGGGAGCCAUCCAGUCCAACACAAUGGUUACAAACAAUACCUGGCCCGAGGAGUUGAUUCCGAACGUCCUUCUAGCUAAUAUCCCUCAGCUCAUCUACUCCUUUCUCUAUGUCCUAUGCAACGGCAUUCUGACAAGCAUAACUCUGGCAGACGAAUGGAACUCCUUCUCCCUCCGCAGCCAGGGGCUCCGCGUUUCAGCGUCUCCCGGGGGACAUCAGCGGACAUCGCGGUUCCUGUCUCUGCCCUACUGCUAUGGGAUACCUUUUAUUACCUUUUCAGCAUUGCUGCACUGGCUUAUCUCCCAGAGUAUAUUCCUAGUGCGCGCUAAUGUCUAUGAUGGCGAGAAUAAGAGGGCAUUUGACCAUGAUGUUAUGGCACUGGGAUAUUCGCCGCUCGCAAUUGUUAUUACAGUAUGCGUGGCCGUACUUUUACCAGCGGCUUUAUAUUUCAUGGGUUCCAGGCGCUUUAAAUCAGGCAUGCCAGUCGCCGGGAGCUGCAGUCUUGCUAUUUCUGCAGCUUGUCAUCCGUGCGAUAAAAAGGGAGACGGUGCCGAUGGCAAAUUGCAGGGUAUCGAAUAUCGACUUCUGCGAUGGGGUGCUGAGCCUUGUCUGCCAGGAGCUGGAGAGAUUGGGCACUGCGCCUUUUCGGAUGCGCAUGUCACCACGCCGGAGGACGGAGUGCUAUACCGGUGA